AUGGCAUUGUCACUGGAAGAAUUUGUCCACUCCCUUGACCUCCGGACCCUCCCCAGGGUCCUAGAAAUCCAGUCAGGCAUCUACUUUGAAGGUUCUGUUUAUGAAAUGUUUGGAAAUGAAUGCUGUUUGUCAACAGGGGAGGUGAUUAAAAUUACUGGCCUCAAAAUUAAGAAGAUCAUAGCUGAAAUUUGUGAGCACAUUGAAGGUAGUGAAUCACCACAACCAUUUGAAUUGCCUAUGAAUUUUCCAGGUCUUUUUAAGAUUGUGGCUGAUAAAACUCCAUACCUUACUAUGGAUGAAAUUAUAAGGACCAUCCAUAUUGGAUCAAGUAGACUAGGGCAUCCUUGCUUCUAUCAUCAGAAGGAUAUGAAACUAGAGAAUCUCGUCAUAAAGCAAGGUGAGAAAAUCAUGCUCAACUCAGUUGAAGAAAUCAAUGGAGAAAUAAUGGUGAACUGUGGAGUGGUAAGAAAUCAUCAAAACCACUCAUUUACUUUGCCUUUGUCACAAGAAGGAGAAUUUUACGAGUGUGAAGAUGAACGUAUUUAUACUCUAAAGGAGAUUGUUGAAUGGAAGAUUCCAAAGAACAGAACACGAACUGUGAAACUUACAGAUUUUUCAAAUAAGUGGGACUUACCCAAUCCAUUCCCUGAAGGCUUUUAUGGUGCUCUGAUACUCAAGCCUGUUUAUGAAAUUCAAGGUGUGAUGAAAUUCCAAAAGAAUAUAGUCCGCAUCCUCCCCAGUUUAGAUGUUGAAGUCAAAGACAUUACUGACAGUUAUGACGCCAACUGGUUUCUUCAGCUGUUAUCUACACAAGAUCUUUCUGAAAUGACCAGUAAAGAGUUCCCCAUUGUGGCUGAGGUCAUAGAAGCACCUCAAGGAAGCAAGCUCCUUGCAAGCAUCUUACAGCCUGGGAAAACCAUUGUGAUUCACCAAAAGUAUCAGGCAUCGAGGAUCUUAGCUUCAGAAAUUAGAAGCCAUUUUCCUAAAAGACACUUUUUAAUCCCCACUAGCUACAAAGGCAAAUUCAAGCGGCGACCUCGGGAAUUCCCAACAGCUUAUGACCUUGAGAUAGCGAAGAGUGAAAAGGAACCUCUCCACGUGGUGGCCACCAAAGCCUUUCACCCCCCUCAUGAGGAGUUGUCAUCCGUAUCCGUCGGGGACCAGUUUCUAGUGCAUCACUCACAGACGACUGAAGUCCUCUCUGAGGGCAUCAAAAAAGUGGUGAAUGUUCUGGCCUGUGAAAAAAUCCUCAAAAAAUCCUAUGAGGCAGCACUGCUCCCUUUAUACAUGGAAGGAGGCUUUGUGGAGGUGAUUCAUGAUAAGAAACAGUACCAGAUUUCUGAGCUCUGUGCACAGUUCCACUUGCCCUUCAAUGUGAAGGUAUCUGUGAGGGAUCUUUUCAUUGAAGAAGACAUUUUGGCUGCUACGCCAGGACUGCGGUUGGAGGAAGGUAUCACGGACUCUUACCUACUCAUAAGUGACUUUGCCAACCCCACAGAAUGUUGGGAAAUUCCUGUCAGCCGCUCGAAUAUGACUGUUCAGUUAGUUAAUAAUUUGUCUCAGGAUACGGGAUCAUCUCUAGUCAGGACUCUGAUCGAAGAGAUCACUGAAGAACAAUAUUACAUGAUGCGAAGAUAUGAAAGCUCCUUCUUGCACCCCCCACCUCGCCCUCCCAAGCACCCCUCUGUGGAAGAAGCAAAGCCACCUCUGCUAAACGUAGCAGAAGAAAGGCCUGUGGGCCUGCCCAAGUCUCCCAAGAGUCUCCAUGUAGAUAUAUCCAAGAAACUUCAUUCCCAUCAGGCUGGCCUGGAUUCAAAAGUACCAGUUGGUUGUCAAAAUGCUUUGGCUGAUCUGGAGAAAGAGAGAAGCAAGAGUGGAGCAACGGCAGUAGCAGGCACCGAUGGAACCACAGGUCGUUAG